UACUGUGCUGUGCGCAAAGCGAGUACCGGAUGGAUGAAGUGUUACUCAUUAGGGUUCAACAACUAGGAUGUGAUCUAGUGUUGUAGUGCAGUGAAACGUUGAUCUGCAGCAGAAAGAUGGCUUUGGAACCGAAGCAGGCGAGGCUGCUGUGCAUGCUGUGUCUAACCUGCGGCUUUUUCGUGGUGGAGGUGGUGGUGAGUCGAGUGACCGGCUCUCUGGCGAUGCUGUCCGAUUCCUUCCACAUGCUGUCGGAUGUGAUCGCGCUGCUCGUGGCGCUGCUGGCGGUGAGACUCGCGGAUCAAACAGCGGCCACGAGUCUCAACACAUUCGGCUGGAUCCGAGCUGAAGUCAUGGGCGCCCUGGUCAAUGCCGUGUUUCUCACUGCGCUCUGUUUCACCAUCUUACUGGAGGCGGUAGAGCGCUACACGGAGCCGCAUGAGAUCGAGAAGCCGACGGUUGUGGUGUGGGUCGGAGUUGCCGGGCUCGUUGUAAACGUGCUGGGACUUUUGCUGUUUCAUGGUUACGCUGGACACGGUCAUGGACACUCGCACAGCACAAGUAACAGGAGAUAUGAGAAAUCAGAGACAUCAUCAGGGGAGGCUUAUGAUCUGCUGGUGAAGAGCCAACGUCCUGGCCGAGGUGACCACGCUGUUCAAGUUGAAGCAGACAUUGUCUCAAAACAUAACCUGGAAAUCCCAGUGAAUGGAAACAUCUCACCAGAGAAGCUGGAGCAUGAUUUAGAUUCGUCUUCCCAGCUCAACAUGCGUGGAGUCUUCCUGCAUGUGUUGGGCGAUGCCCUUGGCUCUGUCAUUGUAGUGAUUAAUGCUCUCAUUUUCACAUUCGUGUGGAGGACAUGUGACAAUCAAGAGAUAUGUAUUAACCCAUGCCUGAGUAGCUACUGCUCUGACCACUGGCCAGUGAAUAAUACGCACUUGGUCCACAGCAAUGGUACCAGCGCUGUCGCUGUAGCUGGACCUUGUUGGGUGCUCUACCUGGAUCCCACACUCUGUGUAAUCUUGGUGGCCAUCUUGCUCUAUACUACCUUCCCACUGCUGAAGGAGUCCACCCUCAUCCUGCUGCAGUCCGUGCCCAAGCAGAUUGACAUGCAGAGGCUGGACAAAAAGCUGAGGAGUCUUGAGGGGGUUCUGGCAGUCCAUGAGCUGCACAUCUGGCAGCUGGCUGGGAGCCGAAUCAUCGCCACGGCACACGUUAAGUGUCACGACCCUGCCUCUUACAUGGACACAGCUAAACGCAUCAAAAACCUCUUCCAUGAGGAAGGCAUCCAUGCUACAACAGUCCAGCCCGAGUUCUCGGAUGACAAAGAACUUGGUGUCUCAGAGUGUGAACUUCCCUGUUACAGUCAGUGUACCCUGAAGCUCUGCUGUGACAUGAGCUGGAAAUCUAGAUCUGAAUCAGUGCUCGGUUGCACAUACGUCUCAUCCAGUGAAAAUACUCCUCAACGCUCCACUGCUAGCUGCAAUAUUCAGCAAAACUCUGAAGUUUUUCUGCAGACGGAGGUGGAAUCCACAGUCUAGGUUUGAUCAAAUUAUGAGUAUGCAAUUUUACAGCAACCUUUGAAACAGUAUUGAAUCUGUUUAAGACAGUUAUGUUUCUGAGAAUCUCAAAUCCCUUUGUUUUAUUAUCCCCAACUGUAUGUAAAGCAAUUUAACUAAUCAACUCCAUACAAUACCUCUUAUCUCUUAUACCUGUGGUGGCAUGGAUGCUUUGUCAUGACUAUAAACAUUUCUAGAACUGUAAUUUUGAGAAUGUGUAAUCUGGAGCACUUUAUGGUAUUAAU